AUGGCACGAAUUUCGAUUUUACUUUUGUCCUUAGUUGUACUAUUUUCAAACAAUGCGAAUAGUUUCAACUUGACUGAAUAUGCUUCGAUCAUCGAAUCACUAUCACUUGAUGGUCAAUUCAUCGAAGAAUACGCUAAAUGGACAUUGGAAUUAUUGUCUGAUCCUGAUUACAUCGAUGGUCCAACUCCACCACCGUUUCCUUGUUCAACUGACGGAAUGACAAGCGCCGAAGUACCAACAUCAGUUCAUGCUCUUCGACCUGGUGAUAUUCAAUGCGUUGCAGCUCUGGGAGAUAGUAUUACAGCUGCUAUGGGUGCUCGUGCUUUGACACCAGUUGGUGUUCUCUUGGAAAAUCGAGGUCGUGCUUGGUCAGUUGGUGGUGAUGAUACUUAUAAGAAAGUCUUAUCAGUACCAAACAUACUUCGUUUGUACAAUCCAAAUUUGAAAGGCUUUUCAACAAAAACUUCCGUUUCGUUUCUCAAUGGUCAAAAUGCGAAAAAUAAUGGAUUGAAUGUUGCUAAAUCUGGUGCUCGUUCAUAUCACAUGGUAGAACAAGCCGACCUUCUUUUAACUCGUUUGAAGAAUGAAAAAUUAUGUGAUUGGAACAAUGAUUGGAAAUUAGUCACACUUUUCAUUGGAGGCAAUGAUCUCUGUGAUUUCUGUUCGGAUUUGGUUAAACACGAUCCAGCUAAAUUUAUCGGUUGGGUUCGUGACACUCUUGAUCGAUUAUAUAAUGCAAAUUUGCCUCGAACAUUGGUUAAUGUUGUUCUUGUUCUCGAUGUUCGUCCAAUCCGUGAACUUAAGGAUGGCAAUUUAGUUUGUAAACUUCUUCAUAAAUCAUUAUGUAAAUGCGCUGCUUAUCCAAGUGAAGACGAUGAACGAACGUUGAGCGAAUGGAUUCCUCAAUAUCAACAAGGUGUUGUUGAUUUGAUCAACAGCGGUCGGUACGAUGGUCGAGAAGACUUCACUGUUGUUGUUCAACCGUUUUUAUCGGAAACUGUGCCUCCCAGAAAAUCAAACAAAAUCGAUUUCAGUUAUUUUGCUCCAGAUUGUUUCCACUUUAGUGCAAAAGGUCAUUCAGUGGCAGCUCUAUCACUCUGGAACAAUAUGUUCGAACCUAUCGGUGCGAAAAAGACCUCCUGGCAUCAAGGUGAACCACUCGAAUGUCCAACACAAGAUCAUCCAUAUAUUUUCACAUCAAAAAAUUCCAUUUCAGCUAAAAAAUAA